CUUGGCGGGGACCAAAGAGACCUUGGGUAUCCCGAGCUCGUGUACAAUCAACAACAAUAGGAAUAUCCUUCCUAUACCGGCAUCGUAGAUAACUACGCUGAGUUUGUAAGACCGGAGGCCAUCAUUCCUGUUCGUGGCAGAGUCAGCCACAUGGGUACAAGCUCGAGAACUGAAACCGAUUCUGCCACCCCGAGCAGCUUUGUGAAAGCGAUAAGUGAUCCGCCUUGGGAUAUUCCUGGCCAGCCGGUUCGCAUUAUUCGACUCCGCCUACCAUGUCUGCCCCUCAUCAUUCCAAAGCGUAGCUCUUGCGCAGAUCGGAAACGAUGAUCAGUAACGUAAACGGGGUCAUGUGCGCCACUGGAUUCACUCCGCAUACCUCGAUCGACUGGUUACCUUCGGAAGUACACGUCGCAAUGGAGCGGUCUCUGCACUCACAUCGGCUACCUCUUCUGCUACAACGCUAUUCCAUCCUCAACGAUAAUGAGCCCAACAUCGCGUUCAUUGGAUUCUAUGAAGGACCUUUCUGGGGUGUCAUGGAAAUGCAGGCACGUCUCAUCCAUGCAAGGUGGUCCCAAACCGGCGAGGAAUCCGAUCAUGUCGACCCUUCGGCCACUGCCAAAGAGUCCCAGGAAGAGCUUUUGAAGAUGCGAGAUUUGAGAGAUGCGAUGUCUCAACAUCUGGACGAUGUUCCUCAAUUCUGGAUGAACGACUAUGUCGGCUUGAUGGAAGCCUGUGCGCGCGAACUCGGGAUCCAGCGAGACGAUGACGGCUGGGGUGAACGACAGGGACCUUGCACAGCGGUAAGAUAUACACCUGCAGGAACUGAUCGACAAGAGAGCGACAUUAUCAUCCGUGGACUUCGACACGUGGUGGAUGACUCCGUUGCAAAGGGCAAAUUUGUCGCUGCAGCUGUCUUUCGGGCGAUGCAAGGUGCUUGGAUCCUCCGUCGUAAGCUCGAUAGCCGUUUUACAGGAUGCCCAUCUGGAACAUUCAAAGGAACGGUCAACUUUCAUCCAAGGUUGUCGACCGAUCCGGACUUUGCAUCUGAAUACCUUUACAUCGAGGAAGACACGCUCAAAAGGGAUACCGGACUCAUUCUUCAAGCUAAUCGAAGAUAUGUCUACCGGUACAACGAGAAGUCGGAUAGGAUCAGUGCCUGGCUUGUAAAAGAAGAUAGCAGGACCGUGGACUAUUUCUUCAACGAGAUGGAGUUCCAGAUGCUCUCUGCAGAGGCUAAAUCUAUGGGCAAAGGAUGGCUUGCCCAAGGAUCCCAUCUUUGUGAGAAAGACAUGUAUGAAUCGAGCUACGAGUUCAGGUUUGCAGGCUCAAACUUGCAAAGCUUUGGUAUAACUUAUCAUGUGCAGGGGCCUAAGAAAGAUUACACGAGCGAGGCUUGGUAGAGAGAUAAUCUUGUCGAAUUAUAUCGAUCCUCAUCCGAUUUCAGAAGCUCUCAAUCUCAAACAACAUCCGGGGCCCAAAGACAUGGUCUCCCGCGUGCCCAUGACUAUCAACACUAUCACUACCAUAUCGCUAGACGAUGUAUUUAGUAGCGUUCGCAAUGGGACAGUGUGGUA